AUGCAUAUGGAUAAUGUUAUCUUCGAAAUUGAUUCCCAAUGCGUGAUCCAAGGUAUUCUGUCAAAUAAUAGUGGUAUUUAUGAGUUUAGUUUACUUAUUCGUUCUAUCCCAAAUUUUUUACAAAUUUAUCCUAACUUUGAGAUAAAGUUUGUUAAGCGUCAAACGAAUAUGGUUGUCCACUCCUUAGAGAAUGCGGUUGAUUCUUUGGCUAGACGUAAUAUUAUUAAUUUGAUUUCUCGUUGUAUUGAACAUUACUUAUUGAAUAAAAUGUGUUAA